UCUCAAUCUCAAUCGCGGUUUCAGUUGGAUCGGACGUGGCACGAGAGCAGAGACACCGACCGCAGACACCAACAGAUCCAAGACCCGAGUGGGAAGAGGCAGAGGCAGUGGCAGUGGCAGCGGAGCCUAGACAAACAUAAAUUGGAUAUAUCUGAGAUCUUUGAUAGCUGAUCGUCGGUCGUCGGUCGUCGGUUUCCGAGUGUUUUUCUGUGCCUGUGUGUGUGUGCACGCGUGUGUGUGUGGGAUCGUGGGAUCCCAGCUGUGUGCGUGUCUGCCGCCUCUGCAAAUAUUGGCCAACAGUUAAUGGCCAUGAAGAAACUCUAUGCCAAGACCUCGUUCAGCAGCAAGAAACCCAAUGCCGUGGUGGCCUCCUCGGGCCCCAUCCUGGCCUACCACCAGUCCACCGGCCCCGCCGGCGGCAUGUGCGAGUUCCAGGUGCCGAAGGGUGCCCCCGUGGCUGCCACACAGCCCGCCGGGGAGUUGAUUCGUCGCAGCCAGAGCCUGCACCGCGUCAAGGGCCUGUCCGAGUACUACAGCAUCGAGGAGCUGCAGGAGCUGGAUCUGCUCGACUACCGCCAUCCCAUGUACCACCACUACCAGCAGCAGCAGCAGCAGCAGGAGCUGCUCCUGCGCCAGCGAUCGGCCUACCACGAGCACGAGCAGCUCGUCCUGCAGCUGCCGAAGGCCGACCGGGGCGCCGCACCCAUCUACGAAGCGCCCCACCAACAACACCAGCGAUCCGUCCAGGAUCAGUCGUUGUAUGUACAGCCACCAUCAGCCACAUCUGCCCCAGUUGCAGCACACACGAUAGCCAAUCCAUCCACAUCUACAUCCACAUCAGCAUCCACAUCAACAUCCCAUUCCAGUGCUUCGUCCUCCUCCUCGUCGUCGGUUAUAUUUUCCACUCUACGCAAAUGCGUUUCCCCCUCCAAUCCAACGACCUCUAACCCCUCCUACCCUUCUAAGGCUGGCCCAUCGAGACUUGGCUGUUCCAUGUCGUUCUCAAUUAGAACAAUCCCAUCAUCAUCAACACAGCAGCAGCAGCAGCAGCAUCUCUACAGCAACAUACAUCAUUACCUGCAACAACAACAGCAACACAAGCAACGAAUCCUCCCUCAGCGUCGCCAUAAUUCGGUCAAAGAUAAAUCCAUUGGGGGCAUGACAACAAUUUUUGCUGAGCAGAGCAUUAUCGGGGCACGCGCCUCUGUGAUGGUCUACGACGACAACCAGAAGAAGUGGGUGCCCUCGGGGAGCUCGUCGGGACUGAGCAAGGUGCAGAUCUACCACCACCAGCAGAACAACACGUUCCGGGUGGUAGGACGGAAGCUGCACGACCUCGAGGUGGUGAUCAACUGCUCGAUCCUGAAGGGGCUGAAGUACAACCAGGCCACGGCCACGUUCCACCAGUGGCGCGACUCCAAGUUCGUCUACGGGCUGAACUUCUCCAGCCAGAACGAUGCGGAGAACUUCGCCCGGGCCAUGAUGCACGCGCUGGAGGUGCUCAGCGGCCGGGUGGCCAACAACCCGGGCGGACAGCCGACCAAUGGCAACGGGUACGAGGAGGACAUGGGCUACCGCACCAUGACCAGCGAGGAUGCGGCCAUUCUCCGGCAGAACAACGGCAUUGCCGGCCACAUCACGCCCUCGGCCCAGACGCCCACUUCGCAGACCAACCAGAACAACAUACCCCAGAGUCCGCCGACGCCCCAGGGCCACCAUCGCACCAGCAGCGCACCGCCGGCCCCCCAGCCGCAGCAACAGCAGCAGCAGCAACAGCAGCAGCAGGUGGCCCCGCCGGGACCCCAUUACAGACCGCCCGCCGGCAACGGACCCACGCCCAACGGCCUACCGCCGCAGGUGAACACACAAAUCCCCCCGGCCCCGGGCCAGGCCCUGCAGCAGCCGCAGCAGCCCCAACAGCAACAGCCACAGCAGCCGUACCAGCAGCAGCAGCAGCAACCCGUCUACGCCGCCCAGCAGCAGCAGCAGAUGGUCCAGGCGGGCUAUCCGGGUCCCUCUCAGUACCAGCAGCCGCACUACGUGCUCUCCAAUUCUAAUCCCAAUCUCAAUAUGCAUCAAUACCCGACACAGCCCCCACAGCAGUCUCUGCCGCAGCAGCAGCAGCCCCAGCCGCCGCAUCAGAACGGGGGCGGACCCAUUUACGUGGUCUCGCAGCCCGGCCACGGACACGGCCACAUCCCGAGCUCGGCCAGCGCCAACAGCGUCGUGUACGCCAGCCAGCAACAGAUGGUCCAGCAGCAGCCGCCACAGGCGCCGGCCAUGCCCGCUCCCGGCUACGGUCCGCCCCAGGCACACCCACAGCCGCCGCCGCAGCAGCAGCAGCAGCAGGCGGAGAAUCCGUAUGGCCAGGUGCCGAUGCCGCCGCCCAUGAAUCCGUCACAAGGCCAGAUCCCUCUGAACCGCAUGAGCAGCCAGGGCGGGGGCCAGCCCGCUGCUCCAGCCCCGCCCCCGCCGCCGCCCACCUUCGGCGGAGCUCCGCCAGCGCCGCCACAGAUGUUCAACGGAGCCCCGCCUCCGCCGCAGCCGCCGGCUCCACCGGCGCCACCAGCGCCGCCAGCCAUGGGCGGACCGCCAGCUCCGGGUGGUCCCGGGGGUCCUGGCGCCCCUCCUCCACCGCCUCCGCCCCCGGGAAUGGGCGGAGCGCCCAAAAAAGAUGACCCCCAAGCAGAUCUCAUGGGCUCGCUGGCCUCCCAACUGCAACAGCUCAAGCUCAAGAAAAACAAGUCCACGACUUCUGCUCCGGAGAACAGUGGCAGCAGCACCUCGAGUGGAGGCAGCGGAAACUAUGGCACAAUCGGACGCAGCUCCAAUGGCAUGGCCUCCAUGAUGGACGAGAUGGCCAAGACGCUGGCGCGGCGUCGUGCCCAGGCCGAGAAGAAAGAGCCCGAUCCUGAGCCCGAGGUGAAGCAGCGUCCGUGGGAGAAGUCCAACACGCUGCCCCAUAAGCUGGGCGGCGGUGCCGGAAACGGCUCUGGGACGAACGGGCCCAACGGCAGCUCUGGCGGAGCUGGCAGCAACACAACGAACAGCGGCGGGGAAUCGCCACGACCCAUGCGAAAGCGCUUCGGCAGUGCCAGCGAGGAGACCAUUCUCAAGGUGAACGGCGAUGGCCUGUCCCUGGCACUGUCCAACGGAGACUUGGACACAUUGAAGGCUGAGAUAGUGCGCGAGAUGCGCCUGGAGAUCCAGAAGGUCAAGAACGAGAUCAUAGAUGCUAUCAAAUCGGAGUUCAAUCGCAGAUAGAUCAACAUAUUAUCAAGAUAUGCGUGGGCCCCGCACUCUCGAAGGUCCAAGUCGGAGGAGCAGCAGCAGUAGGAGCAAGCUUGAAUGCACUCGGCGACCGAAGGAGUGGGGCGUGAAGGCAUGGGCAUAAAUACGUACACAGAAAAGAUACAUACGAGUAAAUAUGUAUAAAGCAUAUGCUCUAGGUUAUAUGUAGGGUUACAUAAACACAAACACAAACACAAACACAAAACACACACACAAACGCAGAAUAGGCGUAUGAGGUGGAACUUUAGUCAAAGUAAUUAUAUUUUUAGUGGGAACUGCUUACCGACUUUUAAGUUACGUCUACGUAUACGUCUAUAUAUUCGGCGACCCUCAGUAUGUAAUUAACUCUACAAUUGUACAUUAUUUUGCAUAAGUCUAAACCAAUUUUAGUGUGAGAACCAGAAUUCUUUCGUUUAACCUCUCCUCUCCCAAUCCCUCGCUCCCACCAGGCGGAUUCCUUUUAGUUUGUUCUCUGUCAACAGUCCCCUGUCCCCUCUCCCCUCCCCUACCUGCCGAAUGUUUUUGAACCACUUUUGUAAUACAUACCAUUUUGAUGUAUCUCUCUGGAUCGGUGCACGAAUACACAGACACACUCAAACACACGAAUACCCCAUAUGCAUACGUACAUAUAAAAGGACACCCUUUCAUAUAUACAUAACUUUAUAUAGUACCUAUAUAUGGGCAUGGCAUACUCAUUAACCAAACCUAAAAGAAAUUAAGUAUUACGAUUGGAGGCGAGGCGAAACAAAACUAUUCCACAAAUGUCAUCCAUCAACGCUCUCUCUCUCUAUCUGUCGACCUAUCUAUCCAUCUCUCAUACUCCCCCAGUCGUCUGGUCUGUGGAGGAGCACGAGAGAAAGGUCACUUCACUGCAUUUCCCCCCGGACAAGAAAACCGAAACCAAUUUCCUAAGCACACGAUCUCAUACGAACUCAAUUUAAGCAACAUCGGAACAAGAACCAGCAAGUCUUCAGCAAAAACAGAUACAGAAACCGAAACAUCAACAGUUCAAAGCGGAAUUGAGUGCGGUGUUCAGGACUCUGACUCUCGAGCAACUUAGCGUUAGAUAUACAAGUAAACAUGCAUUACCCCUGCGAUCUAAGCGAUCUAUACGAUCUAUACAGCGAAAUUAGAAAGCUAAAUUAACAAUUGACUGCUGCGUAUUAUACAUACAUAAAUAUAUAUAUACAUACUGAUAUAUAUAUAUAUAAAGGAAAGCCACUAAAUAUUGUACACUCCUCCCCAGAUACGGCGGUGGGCGAGCGCCUUCCCGUCCGAUCUUGAACAUAUGAGUACCGAUUUCAACUUCCAUAUACAUACGACUAAGACUAAAUAGUGAAAUUAUUGAAUGAACGCAGAUAACGAGGAUGCGCGGAGGGUCUGGCCUGGCACUAGGGCAGAGGAGGAGGAUGCGGAGUAGGAGCAGCAGGAGAGUUUAGUUCUUAAGGCAUACAAAAGUGAAAUUGUUUAUUAAGUGGACAAGAAAUUUAUUUAUACUGCGGAUCGGAUCGGAUCCGAUUGGAUCGAUCGGUGUAGUUGUGUAUAAUUCGAAUGCAUAUAAAUACGUUUAGUUUUCUGUAAUUUAACGAUCAUUUGAUGUAGUACAUAUAUAUUGACUGUACUGUGCAAGGUGGCGUCGAUAUGCAGACGUACGUACGAGUACGAGUAUGAGUAUAUAGAUUAUAUGGAAUACCUAGUUAUAUGGCGGCCAGACGCGUCAGUCGGAGGCGUAUGUAAAUGUUAUGAUUUUUGUAUUUUUAUAUAUGAUCUUUGCUGCAGCGUUGCGGCAACAAUGGCAGGCAACAAUUUAAUAUUAAACACACACGUAAACUAUUUUAAACAAGAGAGAAGGAGAUCGAGCAGAUCGAGGAUACCCGUGCGCGGAGCGAGCGCAUACUUUUUAUGUAUUAAAUUAAAUAUAUAUAUUAUACACUUAUAUACAACAACAAGAAUAUUCAAUAUACAUACGUGGCGAGGCAUAUGCAGAUGCAGGAAGAGACAUUGAGCAAACAUUGACUUGAGAUCAAAAUAUAUAUAAAGUAAAUCAGCAACGGAUUCAUUUAGAACUGUAAGAGCGGCAUAAGUUAUAGCGGCGGAGGAGUCGAGUCGUGGCGAGGCGAAAGGAAUAGAGGCGCAAACAUUAUAUGCAUAUUCAACAAAAAGAGCGUACAGUGAAAUAAACAACCAACGUUUGUAUGUGAAAACCA